AUGGAGGACAUUCAUAACCAGGAGAAAAUUUUAAUCAUUUUGGAUGGUUUGGAUGAGCUGCCUGAAAAAUCCCAGCAUCAUGUGGACGAGCUGCUUCACCGAAGAAUUUUACCUUUCUGUUAUGUUUUGGCUACUUCGCGACAAGAAAGAGGUAUUGAUGUACGAAAGAGAUUCGUCUUUGACAUUCAUUUGGAGAUCAAAGGAUUCACAGAAGGCGAUGCUUUUGAAUAUGUCAGAAAACAUUUCGCAAAUAUUGGUCGAGGACAUUCACCAAAGGGAGAGAGACUCAUAACAGAAAUAAAAAACAACGAGUUUUUGCAUGCUCUCCGAAGCAACCCCCUUAAUUUACUCCUUCUUUGUGUCAUCUAUGAGGAUUAUGAGGGAAAGCUGCCAUCAUCCCGUUGUAGGCUUUAUCAAGUUAUUGUCCUUUGCCUUUUAAGACGAUACUGCGGUAAACACAACCUGCCAGCCCCCGAAGGUGACGACGACCUAGAGAGGUGUUUUGAGAAGGACAUACUUGCACUAGGAGAGCUAGCUUGGAUGUGCCUGCUGAGUGAUCGUCAUGGUUUCCGUGAAAAUGAAUUAGCUGAGCUUGAAAGAAGAUACAAAGGAUUGGUAUCCCGUCACAUAGGCCUUCUUUACAAGGAAGAAAGUCUGAAGAGGUUAACACCUCAACAUGAGUACUACUUUCUUCACAAAACCUUCCAAGAGUACUUGGCUGCGGCAUAUGUUGCGCACAAAUUGCGAAGAAAUCAAUUGAAUUUGUUUGAACAUUUAAGCUUUGAUGAUUUGGUGGAUAAAUAUCGUCAAGUGUUUCUUUUUGUGUCUGGUAUACUGGGGAUGGAGGCCAGCGUUUUAUUCUCCCAGAUUGGUGUAGAGCUGAAGAACGGGGAAGGAUGGAACUGGAACUACUGUAGGGUCCUGAACAAGACCCUUGAUUUUGACAUUCUUGUUGACCCUUUCAACCGAGGUUUGGCAACAGCGACUUUUCUUACGGAAAGCUUCAAUGAAAGUGGACACGCUGAAAAAAUGGCAGUUACUCUUUGUUCCUAUAUACCCUUCCCACAGCAAGUUGAUGCUGACCUUUCGGGUCAGGAGACAUGUAAUAUAUUUCACGUUUUAGAGGCAUGCAAAAGUUUUUGUAAUUUACAGAAGCCAGUUAAUCUCACCAUUCGUGCUGAUAAACAUGACAUAUUUCACUAUCAGAGAAUUGCAGAGUACAUACAAUCCUGCCCAAAGACACAGAAACUUAGCCUUUUUACCCCUUCAAUCACAUUAGACCUAGCCAACGCGCUACACGACGGCUUAUUUGAUAACACUUCUUUAUCAGAGUUUACCCUACAAAUGUCUGACAGUAUCCCUUGCAACGCAGCUGUUUUAAUCGGUGAAUUGUUAGCUGCACGCAGAUCCUUGAGAAAAGUAAAGUUUCAACUUGACAGAGUGUGGGGUGAGACUUGGGUCAGCGCUAUUGAACCUGCUUUGUUUGCGGACACUCCUUUGAAGUCUGUGGACCUCCAUGUUCGAGGAUCAUUGAGUGAUACUGCAGUCCAUGGUUUAGGAAAGCUUUUAUCAAAUGAAGCUUUGGCCUCGUUUUCCUUUAAUAUCUCUGGAGAUUUGCUAGAAUUUGUAGCUGCUGUUAUUAGCAGAGGAAUCGCGCAACAAACCACCCUCAAGGCAUUGGCUUUCAGCGUUGACGGCAACCUUAGUCUCUCUAGUGUGAAUGCUCUUCAAAACAGUAUUCUAGAAAAUAGUUCUCUAAGUGAUUUAGUAAUGACUCUCCAUGGAGAGAUUCCUGACAACUGGCAGUCUGUUGUGGAAAAGCUUCGUUCGGUAAAGAAGGGGUCACUUAACUGUACUUUUGAUCCAGACCCAGGCAGCAGUGUUACAUGUAAUCAAGUGGCGCUUUUUCGUCCUGCUGUAGUCGAGAAGGAGCUAGAAACAAAACAACACUUUACUGUAGUUCUUUGGGGAGAACUGAAGUGUAGUGGAGCAGAAGAUUUAUGUAAGAUACUGGUGCGUGUCCCCCUGACAAGCCUGACUCUGAGAGUGCAUGGAAAAUUAAGUGAUGGUGUUGCUAAUAUUAUUAAAAGAUAUAUCGGACAACAAAAUACACUAUCCACCCUGACAGUCAAUACUUGGAGAAAGUUGACCCUGGAGACAGGAACCCUACUUCAGGAACUAUCAGAUAAAAACGUAACUGUUCAAGUAAAAGAGCAUGGCCUCUCUGUUGUUCCUAAGGAAGCGUGUAAUGCUCUUGAUGUCUCUAUUGACAAUCCUGCAUCGUUGACACCAAUGUUCUCUGAAGUUAAACAUACCAGAAAGGAGAGGAUCAAUCUUAAAAUAAUUAACGAUAAAGUAAUUAGUGACUGGCCACGACUGCUAGGUGAUGCUUUAGCAGAUACCACAUCACUAACCACACUGGAUCUUACAGUGAGCAACUACACAAUGAAUCCAGGAAUAGGGAAAGACCUUGGGGAUAGUUUGCUUCGAAGUUCUUCAUUAACAGUCUUAAGUCUUACAAUCAACAACUACAGUAACAUGGCAGAAGGCUGGGAAUGCACACUGAUCAACAGCUUGGCUAAAAUGGCGUCAUUAACUACACUCAGUCUCUCAAUUGACGAUCGUGGCGAGGUGAGGAAAUUUGAAGAAGAUUUGAAGGAAGAUUUGAUGGCAGUGAAGUCCUUGUCUACACUUUCUGUCAUAAUCAAUGGUAGUAAGUUAACUUACUUUUGGGGUAACUUUCUGACAAAAUGUUUGUAUGAGUGCAAUUCACUAAAAAAACUCUGCCUUACAAGCAACAACUAUAAGGAGGAACAUGAAAAUAACCCUUACAAUGUCACCUUCAAUCCCUUCCUCCCUUACAUUAAUUCAACAAUGCCUGUUACUUGGGUAGAAGGUCUCAGUUUUGGACUGGCAAGUACCACAUCAUUAAAGGAACUAAACAUGACGAUUAACAACGUUACCUGUAGUGAUUCUGCCUGGAAACACAUAUUUUUUAUGGGACUCCCAGAAAACAAGUCAAUAACCUCCCUCACUGUUACAGUCAGUGAUUACGAAUAUUGGAGCCGUGAAUUUUGGGUUCGUCCUCUGAAAAGAUGUUUGGUGAAAAACAAAUGGUUGACUACACUCACUCUGACAGUAAAUGACUACUGUGAAGCUGAAGGGCAUGAACACUGGUCUCAUCUAUUGGGACAGGAUAAUUUUCCAGAAAACUCGUCAUUGACUGAACUCAAUCUGACAGUCAACAUCCGUAGUGAA